AUAUAAUGGAAAACGUGGACGAAGUUGCGGGCAACAGCUAGUUUAUUAUAGUGAUAGUAAUUACUAUUGAUUUAAUACUUCUCAAGUCCUCUCCCCUAAACAUGAAUAAUGUUUAUCAUCGAGAAUUCUUUUUUUUUCAGAUAGAGGCAAAAAUACGCAUCUUAUAUUUUUAAAUGAUCGAUAUAAUGACCUCAAAAUAUAUAGUUACUAUUGCUUUGUGUUUGACAAAGAGAAAUGAGAAGAAACGGACAACGAAAGAUCAACAAAACGGACAAAGCAAAAUCCGAUUCAAACAUAUGUAAUGAUAUUUUAUUCAAAUACCUACUUGACAGCGUAUUAUUAUCUAUCCAAACCCAGGGGACACAAUAAUAAACUUUUCUGCGUUUUUAAACGUUUCUUCAAACCUUAAAAUUAUAAGAACAAAAAAAUGUCACCGUCAGAAACGUCAAUUUUGAGUAUAAAUAUAAUACAUAAAUACUUUUGAAGCGAAGUUGUUUUAGAUAUAAUUAUUAUAUAAGUUAAUAAAAAGCCUUUACGAUGUAUGACCCACAAGCGGAGCCGGAUCUCAUUGAAUUUGAAAAUGUUGAUUUAUGCGAUGAAAAAUAUGUGGAAGGACCAAAAUUUCGAAACAGGAGAACCUCUAUAUUCGUUACAUUUGCUGACCCCUCGAUAGCACUAGUGGAUGUGCAGAAAAUGAUGGAAACAGGUAUGAAUAUUGCACGAUUCAAGACGUCACAUAGUACCACAGGUGACAAAGUAAGAUUACUAAAAAAGUUUGAUAAGGCUGCAAAUAUAUUGGCUGCUAAGUAUGGAUUACUGUAUUGGCCGUGCGCCACAUGCAUUGAGCUGAAGACGUGCGUUGCCAAUACUGGGAUUCUCGAAGAGGACGCUUUUGAGAUUCAUAUCCGUGAAGGCACCGAUAUAAUUAUGACAUCUGACGUACAAAUGUACAAUAAAUGCAAUGCGGAGAACAUCUUUGUCGACAAUCCUUACUUAACAUCGGACGUGAAAGUUGGAAUGUUAAUCAAUAUAGCCGCAGAUGAAAUAAUAACUAAGUGUACCGCCAUUUUAAAUAACAAAAAUAUCAAGUGUCACGUGGUAAAAGGGGGUCAGUUGCAGAACAUGGCACAUGUCUGCAUGAGAGGAGCAAAACGAACGCGCCCUUACUUGACAAAAGCAGAUCUGCAUAUUAUCAAAUUUGCGGUGGAAUACCAGGUGGAUAUGAUUAUCAUUAACUACGCAAGACAUGUCGAUACGGUAAAGAAAAUUAAGCGAUAUCUCGGAUCAAAAGUCAAGAGACCCAUAAUAGUAGCUGGAUUAUGUAGUGAACAAGGAAUUGAUAAUGUUGAUAGUAUAAUCAGAGAAGCCGAUGCAAUUUUACUUUCUAGAGAGUUUGCUAGCUAUGAGGUUCCAAUGCACUUAUACCACAAAAUGAGUCUUGUUCAAAGUUAUAUUGCCGCUAAAUGUCGACAGGUUGGAAAGCCGUUUUACUUAUCUGGCGAAAUCUUCAAGAAUGCUCUUAACACAGGUGUUUUUCACGCCCGAGAGUUUUCUGAUGUUACUAACGCAAUAUUACAAGGCACCUCGGCCUUGGUUUUGGGACCCUCAGCAAAUGUUGAUUAUUUAAUGGCAGUGAUGAGAACUAUAAACGAUCUAUGUGCCAGUGUGGAACCCUUAACUAAUGACAGAGGGGAAUUCUUUCGUAAUGUAUCCCAGCUUAAAAUGCCUUUGAAUGCUGCUGAAGCUUGCGCUGUAUCUUGCACAUUUAUCGCAAACCAAACUAAAUCCCGAAUCAUUGUGUGCCCAACUGUAAAUGGCCGGACUACUUACCUGCUAAACUGGUUGAGACCACCUCAUGUCAUCAUCGCUGUCACCACUAAGAUCAGAACAGUAAGAAUUCUGUGCACUCAGAGAAGCGUCAUUGCGCUUUUAUACAAGGGUGCACCUCGUAGGAACUGGUUCCGAUCAGUACAGGCUCGUAUCGACUAUGCUAUUCAAUAUGCGGUAGAAAAUCAUUGGAUUCAGUACGGAGACCAUUACGUUACACUGGAGAAGGGGACAGAAGCUAGCCCAUUCUGUGAUUGUGUCCGAGUAUGGACAGUCACUACCGUUAAGAAAAAUACUAUCGAGUGCCCUGAAUCUUAUCAUGAUUUUGCCCUUAAUGAUUAUCUCGAAAUACCACCUAUACAAAAACGGAGUCCUGCUGUUAAAAAACGUAGUAUUUCUGAUGCCUUUAAAGAUCAGGACUUGGAUACAAUAUUGGCAGAAGUUUUGCAAAGAACCGCCGAAGAUGAAAAACAUAAAACAUAUAUAGAAAGUUUUUAGUGUAGUUUUACUGAGAUACUAUAAUGUGACUUUAUAAUGUACAAGCUGCUGCAAUUUUAUUGUUAAUUUUAAUAUAUUUUAUUACGCUUACAAAUAGAAUAUUGCUAGUUAUGGAUUUUAAUAUAGAUUAAUUUUAAAUUUUA